UUUCUCUUCUUCUCUCUUCAGAUCUGCUUUGACCCCAAAACCAAAGAAUAUCAAUUUCUUCUCUUCAUUCAUUCACUCACCCAAUUAUAACGAUUUUCCAUUUCCCUCAUUAGUUCUUCCGAUCCACACCAACCCAAAGUUUCCUCUUUCUUCUCCGGCGGUCAUGGACGGUGGCGCGGGUCAACCGGCAGCUGAUACCGAGAUGACAGAAGCUACCGGCGGUGCUUCCGCCGCAGCUCCAUCUCACCCGUCGCCUCAGAUCCCGGGGAUUGAGAAUAUUCCGGCGACUCUUAGCCACGGCGGUAGGUUUAUCCAGUAUAACAUAUUCGGGAACAUCUUCGAGGUCACCGCUAAGUAUAAGCCUCCGAUCAUGCCUAUUGGCAAGGGUGCUUAUGGCAUCGUUUGUUCGGCUAUGAACUCUGAAACUAAUGAGAGCGUUGCGAUUAAGAAAAUCGCAAACGCUUUCGACAAUAAGAUUGAUGCAAAGAGGACUCUCCGUGAGAUCAAGCUUCUUCGCCACAUGGAUCAUGAAAAUAUUGUUGCAAUCAGAGACAUAAUACCGCCACCUCUAAGAAACGCUUUCAAUGAUGUUUACAUCGCGUAUGAGCUAAUGGACACUGAUCUCCAUCAAAUCAUACGGUCAAAUCAAGCAUUAUCCGAAGAACAUUGCCAGUAUUUUCUUUACCAGAUCCUCCGUGGAUUGAAGUACAUUCAUUCCGCAAAUGUGCUUCACCGUGAUUUGAAACCGAGCAAUCUCCUCCUAAACGCAAACUGCGACUUGAAAAUCUGUGAUUUCGGGCUAGCUAGAGUCACUUCUGAGAGCGAUUUCAUGACUGAAUAUGUUGUCACGAGAUGGUACCGUGCACCAGAGCUGCUCUUAAACUCUUCUGAUUAUACUGCAGCGAUCGAUGUUUGGUCUGUUGGUUGUAUUUUCAUGGAGUUAAUGGACCGUAAGCCACUCUUUCCUGGCCGAGAUCAUGUUCAUCAACUUCGCUUGCUCAUGGAGCUCAUAGGAACUCCAUCAGAAGAAGAGCUUGAGUUCUUGAACGAAAAUGCAAAGCGAUACAUAAGACAACUUCCACCGUAUCCUCGCCAAUCCAUCACUGAUAAGUUCCCAACGGUGCAUCCUUUAGCGAUAGAUCUUAUCGAGAAGAUGCUAACAUUUGAUCCCAGACGGAGAAUCACAGUUUUAGACGCGCUGGCCCAUCCAUACCUGAAUUCGUUGCACGACAUUAGCGAUGAGCCAGAGUGCACGAUUCCUUUCAACUUUGAUUUCGAGCAACACGCACUCUCAGAGGAGCAAAUGAAGGAGCUUAUCUACCGCGAGGCGCUCGCUUUCAAUCCAGAAUAUCAGCAAUAGUUUCAAGAAGAGCAUUUGGGAGAUGAGAAUGGGAUCAGGUUUGGUUUGAUUUGGACAACAUUCUUAAAAAAGGAGGGAAAAUCAUUGUUUGUCUUUUGUGUAUACUUGUGAGAGAUGUUUGAUUUAAGUUGUUUUGUUUUUUUUUUUUGUUACCUUAUUUGUAAUUUGACCUCAUUUUCUUGUUCCAAUUAUUAAGACGUAAAAUCAUCUUAGAAAUAGUUUUCAUGUUUUAAGA